AACAACAACAGCAACAACAACGACGACAACGACGACGACUACGACGUGGUAUUAAACAAUUUUGAAACUUUAGCAGUCGCUUUAGUUUUCAGCGAGUUUCUUUAUCGAUCGCUUGGUUUUGUGCGCGUGGCUUGUGUGUUAAAUACUCGGAGUUUUUUUUUCUACUCUUGUUGUUCCGGAUGCUUUCAGUUGUGCCUUCAUUGCUGCAGUUUAUUGUGCAAGAUUUGUGAGUUUUUCCUGCUGUGCAGUGUGUCGCUAUACUCGAGAGCCUAACCGUGGCCAAUGUUAGCAGAGUGCUAGUGUUAGUGAUUUAAGCUGAAGAAAUUGGCAGAAAAAAAGUACCUAAAUUGUUUUAGAAAAAAAAGUGAAAACCCAGCGUCGCUACCAAGGGGGCAAAAUAGAUGGCGACUGCGACUCACGCGACACUGCUGAAAGUAUUGUUCACCUAAUCCAGGUCGGAUCCAAGCAACUGUGCGUAAAACAUCUGAUUUUGUGUUCGAGGGUUUUAUUGUCUCGGGAGAGCAAUGUGAGUGGGUUAGAAGAAAGUGAACCCUUUGUAGUUCGCAACAGCAAAGAGAAAUAACCAAACUUUCGUUGUAGCGGCUGUCACCUGCAUAUUCGACCGAUUAGCAAAUCCUACCGUCGCCCCUGCGGGUGCAUGUGCAACAAGUGAAAAGUGCAAUCGAAACACGUUUUACCCGCUAGAGAGAUUGCAUGUUGGUGUAGUGUAGUCUUGUAUGUUAUUUUUUCUUUAUCAGCGCGCGCCUAGACGCCAUUAUCCGAUCUAUUGAUAUGCAAGUUACUUCGUGUGCCAUAUUGAAGCAGUAAUAGAGUGAAAAAUCGAUCACCGUGCAGGAAGAAGAAGAAGAUUUUUUUAACCAUCCGACGAUUGACAUUCUACGACUAAUUGUUCGACGAACGACCUUCCCCAGCACGAGAACGUGAUCAGCGAUCAUCGAGCAGGAUUCUGCUCCCUGGCCCCUUCACCGAUCAUUGAAACAUCACCAAAAAAAACACAAAUAAAGUUCAAAAUCGAAAACCAUGACCAGUAUACUCUCUACUCCGGGCAAGUACCGAUCCCGGAAGGACCUCAGCACCGGUUCCAUACCCACAUUGGUCUCCCUGGAGGAGGAAUCUAGUCUCAGCAACGGGCUGCAGUCCGAACUACAGAACCAUCACAGCCAGAAUGGCAACGGUCACCACAUACCGCUGGCCGCAACCGCCAAUGGGUCCGGUGUCAGUCUGACAGAUCGCCGCAUCGAAACACUCACCAACACACUGAACAUAAAGAAUGGCCUCAACGGUAAAACUUCCAGACGCAGCUCGCUGGCGAUCGGGCUGUUGGGUGGUCGCAGUAAUAACAACACCGAUAAAAAUAACAAACGCCGCAGCUCGAUUGCGGUGGCCUUUCUCGGUGGCGGUCGGCGGGACUCGAAAUCCCACAGCCACAAUUACCCGAUUGCCACCAUCCCGGAGAAGUAUCACAAAACCACAGAAUCGGAUAUCGAAAAUGAUUCACCCAACCAUUACUACACGGUUCACACGAGCAGUGUCAGUUCGUCGUCCCUGGUGCCGGACGCAAACGGGACCGGUCUGGGGGAGUUCAGUUCGGCGAGCAACGGAAACCUGACGGCCAAUGGGUACGAUAAGAAACGACGCCGUUCGUCCUCGUGGCAAACAAAGCUGGAACGACGACGGCGCAAAGGUAUGACGGCGGCACUGGACAGCGGUGAUGUGACCGGAAUCGGUGAUCUGGAUGGGUUCGGUUCCGCCGGUGGACUGGACGUGUACGGCAGCAAAUAUGGCCGCGAAAAGCGACACUCGUGGUGGAACAUUUUCGUGCCGGAGAAUCUCAAACAGAGGACCCGCCGAGCUAGUCAAGAUGUGAUACUGUCCAAAAGCUCGGACAGCCUCAGUCCACCCUUCAGAAGGAGCAAAUCGAGAAGCGUCGAUCAUGGACUGGCGGCACCCUUCGAUCUGGAUUCACUGCGGUCCAAGGUGGAAGGCAGAUUCGAGAGCAUCGACAGACUGUCAAAAGAUGGUGAGAAGAAACGCUCAAUGCCCACUAUACCGACCAUUUCGUACACGGUGAAGGACCGAGACACACUGACUUCGUUGGCGGCCCGCUUCGAAACCACACCGUCGGAGUUGACCCAGUUGAAUCGAUUGGCCAGUUCCUUUAUCUAUCCUGGCCAGCAGCUGCUCGUACCCGAUAAAUCCGUCAAAUCGGGCCCUGCGGGAGCCGAUGGAGAUUCGGAUGCCAGCACCGAGCGUUCAUCGCACAGUCCCACCGAGGGCCGCCGCAAAGGUUCCCAGGAAGAUUUGUGCCAGGAAGAGAAAGACCUGUUGGAGGGCCUUCGUCCUGGUUCGCCGAAACCGGGCCAUAUCGAACGUGUUGCAUCGCCCAAUACUCAAAGCGGUGGAGGCGGCGGCGGGGACACGGCAGCCGGUUUCAACGAAGAUGAUCCAGUUACGAUCCAACGUUUUCUCAAAAUAAACGUACGCCACAUCACCGACGGCCAAGGGGUCGUUGGUGGUGUCCUGCUGGUGACACCAAAUGCGGUCAUGUUCGACCCGAACGUUUCCGAUCCUCUAGUCAUCGAACAUGGACCGGAAAGUUACGGCGUGAUUGCCCCAAUGGAGUACAUUGUCAAUGCAGCCAUAUUCAACGAUAUUGCUCACAUGCGGGUACAGGGUGCGACCAGUGGCAACGAAACCACCGAGAAGGCAGAGAUUUACUAUCCGGUCCCGGAGAAAUCUUGCUCCCGGUGCGAUACGCACUCGCCCGGCAAAGAUUCAUUACUGGUCAAAGACGAAACAUUCCCGGAGCUAGGAGUUGGUUCGGUUGAAGGGUGUGACGAUCAGGAGAGUAUUUGCUCCAGCAACGAACGCGAGGGAGACGCUUUCCCGAAGGCCUUCGAGCGGGAUCUAGUCACACCGAACAACCUACAGCGUUUGCACGGUGAUUCAACCGAAAGUGGCGGCAGUUCGGAGAAACCACCGUCAGCGGAACCACCAUUUUUAAGCUUCGAUCGAGACUCACAGUCACAUACGCCGAACUCGCUAGAUAACAGUCACAGUGGCCAGGAAUCGGCUGGUUCCAAGGAACGGGGAACCGCCGAUGAUAAGACUGACAAGGCCAACCGCAGUGUUCUUGAGGAUCCUACGCUACGCUCCCUGGAGGAACGGAGACGUAGCCUGCUCGAUCAGCACUGGGCCAUCCCAAGCAAGGAUAGAGCCAAAUGUAACUGCAAUGAAACUUCAUCUCAAAGAUCGCUGGACGAGGAGGAAGCUAUCAGCACUGGCAGUGGUACAACCGCUGCUUCCGGAGGCGGAGGUGGUAGUGGCGGCAGUUCCGGUAUAGUUCUUGUGGCAGCCGAAGGAAUCGCUGGCGGUGGGGGCGCCGUUGAUGAUGGCGCUGGUCAGCUGGUGAAACACUCUUGCCACGAUUCGGGAAUUGACAUUCGUGAUCCUAACAUACUGCCAACGGGUGGAGCUGCUGCCGCAGCAGCAGCCGCUGCUGUUCCCGUCGUGGCACCCAUCCCAACGAAAAAGGUCUACAGUGAUGCCGACAUUGUACUCAGUGCCGACUGGGUGCCACCAUUGACCAUUGCCCCGUCGCAUUGCAUUGACAGUUCACCCCGGAGCUCAUCGGCUGCAUCGUCCCAGCUCAGUUCCCUGUCGACGGUGCAAACCGAUACACCGGGCCGUAAGAAAACGUCCAGCGUGAGUUUUAGCGUUGACGAACACGAUUCACCGGGUGGCGGUUCCCAGCUGGACAAAGGUGGAGAUACGAAAAAGAACAAGAUGCUGAAACGUCUUUCCUAUCCUUUGGCAUGGGUGGAAGGUCUGACGGGAGAAGGAGCCGGCCCUAGUCAUAAAUCGGACUCGAUUGAAUCUGCUCCCAAUACUGGCGAUUCUAAUCAAAGUGUAUUUUCAAAAGUAUUCUCCAGCUCCCCCAUAACACUGGUGUCCGAGCUCGGAGGAAAUUUGUUCUUGUCGAAGACCCCGUCGGAAGAUUCCGGUGGGUCACCGGUGCCUCCGUUGACACCACACGAUGCCCAUCAUCCCCACUUGCAGAGUGGCGGAGGGUCAGGAUCGUUCACGUCCGCAUCCGGGCGUUCCUCGAUAGGCACCUUUAUCCGGCCGCAAUCGACGGGAGAUGGCGUACCAGUCGCAAAGCAGAAACAACCACCACCGAAGCUGGACUACCGUUCGAUGGUGUCGAUCGAUGACAUGCCGACGUUGUUCGUCAGUUUCGACAUGCGAGCGCCACUGUUUCCACAACUCGAAAAACUUGAACUCAUCCCUCGUCCGGCCCGUGCCUGCCCUGAUCCACCGAUGUAUCUGCGGCUGCGAAUGGGUCUUAAAAUUGGCAAAACCACACCGCUACCGACGACUGUUAUGUCCUAUGGCAAGAAUAAGCUACGACCCGAAUAUUGGUUCAGUAUUCCCAAGAACAAGGUCGAUGAAUUGUAUCGAUUCUUGACCGCCUGGGUUCAGCACCUGUACGGUGAACUGGAUGAGAAAGCCAUCAAAGAGCGUGGCUACGAGCUGAUACAGAUCGACACCGAAUGGUCAACAAAGGAUGGCGCUUCAAAUAAGGAGGGACGUUCCGCCAGUGACGGUGAAAUAACCGAGUACACUCGUGAAUCGUGGGAGCUGCUGAAGGCACCGUUUGUCAAGACCUACAAUAUUAUUAAAAGUCAAACCGGAUCCAACGAUUUGGAUGGUUGUGAGGUGCUGUCUAUGAGCACAGAUGACUACCGAAAAGCGACGCUGUUUGCGACCAGUUCCAUCGAUCAAGAGUUCCAGAUCCCGGAACUGAUCGGCCAGACGGAGAUCCUCAGCGAAGAGCACCGGGAAAAAUUGUGCGCCCACCUGCCAGCACGUGCCGAGGGUUACUCGUGGUCCCUGGUGUUCAGCACUUCGCUACAUGGAUUCUCGCUGAAUUCACUGUACAGGAAGAUGCACAAGCUAGAGAGUCCCAUUCUGAUAGUCAUACAAGAUACUGAACACAAUGUCUUUGGAGCCCUCACGUCCUGCUCGCUGCAUGUGUCGGAUCACUUCUACGGUACCGGCGAAUCGUUGCUUUACAAAUUCAAUCCACACUUUAAGGUGUUCCAUUGGAGCGGGGAGAACUUGUACUUCAUCAAGGGUAACCCGGAGAGUCUGGCGAUCGGUGCUGGAGACGGAAAAUUCGGGCUCUGGCUGGACGGAGACCUGAACCAGGGCCGAUCACAGCACUGUAGCACCUACUCGAACGAACCACUGGCGCCGCAGGAGGACUUUGUUAUCAAAACACUCGAAUGCUGGGCAUUUGUCUAAGUAACAAAGAGCUGUGCGACUGGCGCUUCCGUGAGGCGAUACAUCAAAAUCAAGAAGAAGAAGAAGAAGAAGAGGAAAAGAAAGAAACAAAAGACCGUGGGUGUGUUUUGGAUUUGUUGGGGUGUCCUUGCGUGUACGAACGUUGAUUCCGUUUCUGUGCCUGUAUGGAGGGGAUUGCUGCUGCCACCUUGCGUGGCAAAUUAGAGUUAUACUGCGUGUAUGCGAGAACGUUCUAGAUAUAGCAAAACUGUUUUCAUUUAUUUUAGAGUGCAUUCGAAUGUGUGAACCGAUCGAAACGGGAGCCGCUGCUAAAAGAGCUGAGAUAAAAUUUAGUGCUUAGUGUUAAGAAAACUGAAACAUGUAUCGAAAAUGAGAAGCAAGGAUUAAAACAAAUUUUAGAGAUGCUACUUUUAAGAAUAUUAUAAAAGAUACUAGAGCGAUAGAAAAGAAUAUUGUAAAAGAGAUAAAUAUAAACCAUUUACAAGAGAGAAUUUAUUAGUGCAACCUUUACCUUUACAUGUUUGGGCAGAGCAGCGAAUUUGAAGGUGGGCAGAUUUAUAGCGAUUAGGGCUGAUGUCACCUGCAAACAAAGGGGCACGUUGUUAAGAGGAUUUAUAUUUAUAAACGCAGAGUGACACGUUGAAAAUGGGGACUGGCCCCGAUAUAAAACAGCUAUAUUUGUAGUCGUAAUUCAGCGCCAUUCGUUGGAGUGUGCUAUUGUAAAUGGUUGAGCUCUGUGAAGCCGAAUUUGGGGGCUCAACACAAACCCUCAUCUACGUUCCAAAACGCUUUGUGGAGUCUCCCCAAGACUAGAGCAGCAGCACUCGGGGAGCGGAUGGUGAUCAUCAGGGAGGCUUCAGGCUAUCCUCAAAUGCAAAAUCCAACUCUCAUACAUUGAUAUGUUUAAUAACCUCUCUAUACAUUAGGGCAAAGCAAAACUAAUAACAAAAAAAAACAGAGGAUAAAUCACCGAAACAUAAUAACACCGCAGCACAGACUGCAGCUACGUAAUCACCCACUAAAAGAAGCAUGUAGCAUAAACAUAUAAUAAACGAAAAACAAGUUGCUAAUAAAUACCAGAUAAAACAUAAUUGUGUUAGAAGUAAACUGUUCACAUCUAGAGACUGCUUUUCAUUUGUUUCAGAACAUGUUGUGACAAAGUAGAGGAAGUAGUGAAGUCAAAGCAAAACACACUGAUUAAACAGCAGCAAACACAGAACCACAAUCUCCCAUGCGUGGGGAAGAAGAAAACAAACAAAAAAGCGCGGGUGUUCAACGUUAGUCAUGUUUGUUUGUUUGUUUGGAAGUACCAUCGCGGUACCAAGCGCGUUAGCAAACGGCAAUUCAUUUCAAUUCAAUGAUACAUCAUUGACAAUAAAACACUUAAAUCUGAACCCAGGAAGCCAACAACAUCAAUACACUCAAACACACGAAAGAACACAAGAACACAAGUACACAUACACUUUCACAUAGGAUACAAUCGACUUGAAAAAAAAAACGCGCCAACGCAUGUCAAUUCAGAGAGAAACAUUUGCAAAACCAUUUGCUUUAUUGAACGUUUUAGGCUUAGUUUCAAAAUUAGUUGGUCCGCUGUACGUUUUGAGUUUCGACUGUGACUUAUCGUAGCAUUCAUAUGGUUUUGCCGUUAGUUGUCAUUUGUUUCGAUUCGUAUCGAUGUCCUUUUGCUUCGGCCUUCAAAGGCGCAGUCAAACCAAUAGUUGAUAGUAGGCAGGAUGGCGGUAUGACAGGUACGAGAUGCGAUGUGUCUUGGACCGCGGAUUGGUUUGUGGAAUUUUUCCAUCAAUAAUCUAUUUUAUCGUUUUUUAGCCUGUAGGAAUUGUUUUAAUUUAUUAUACACUUUAUAAUUUCCAUCUGUAUUUUAUUUAUGUCGAUGUAAAGUGAAUCCAACCCAAUUAAUACAUUCAACUUGUCCCCGGCUGUGUAGUGCCAUCCUUUGGUGCGCGCGGACGAGCCGGUUGGACCAUAUUGAACAGAAACUAGCAUAACACAGAACAUGUUGUUGUAAUUGACACGUUUUACAUGUGAACUAUAGUAAUAAACGAAACAAACGAUAAUUGCAUGAAAAAUAGUCACGCAUAA